GUCCGCCUAUAGCGUCGCCGCAUGGACUCCCCGCCUGCGCCAAAGUGCACGCCCAUGGUCCUGUGUACUGCUGCUAGCCCCACAGGAAGUACGGGGAGCUCUCAAUGCAGCGAUCUCGUCGGAUGCACUGACCACGCGGAUGCCGUUGCGCCGGCCGAAGAACGCACGAGUAGCUCGCAAUCCCACACUUGCAAAACCAACCACCUGAACAGUACGCAUCUUCCACUCAUUCCUCGCUCGUUUCCGCUGUGAUUCCGCAGCUCGGCUCGGAUAGUGUCAGCAUGCACGUAACGCUGAAAUGCGCCCUCGAAGGCUGGAAGAUAGCGCUGCCGUCACGCCCGUCGACACGCUUUCCGCGCUUAGAGGCGAAUUUUGCCCCUCCCCGAGCCCCCCGAGGCGCCAUGAACUGCGCGCUGUAUGUCAGAAACAUACUGUAUAUUUUCCGC